AGACAAUUGGAGACCAUGUAAUUGUUUCACCUGGUUGGGAUGGCAGCAACUGGGCCACCCAAUCUCUUCGUGGGAGAGAUGGUAGCUAGGGAGCUUCCAAACCUCAAUUUGCCUGGAUCCCAGAUGGAACAGACAGGUGGUGUGACAUGGCAGAAGGACACAGCCGGCAACUGGACACGUCUGGAAGGGUCUGCUGCUCGCUCAGAAACCACAUCCAGGGGUGCUGAGGCCCAGCCCGUCACUACUUUGCGGAUCACAAACCCCAAUAAAACCACUGGAAACCAGCAGCACCUACACCGGGAGUUGCUGUUCACCCAUCGCAAAGGCCUGAGCCUUCGAUCAAAGCCAGAGCUGCUCCAGGUUCUAGAGCAUCGGAACCGGCGCCGGGAUGGGACAGAAAGUGGCUUGAAACCAUCCCCCCUUGAGCAGGAGCUUCUGCGCUGGCAGCAGAGACGGGAACAGCAUCAACAGCAGGAAGCAACAGGAAAUCCUGGUGGGAGCCAGCCAGAGUUCAUAAAGGUCCGGGAGAAAUUACGAAGGACUCAGCAGCAACGGGAUCCCUCUCGCCAGCAGGCACCCCCUUCCUUGAUAUCUGUUCCUUUCCCACACCUUCAUCACCCCAACAGAAAGCCCUCCCAGUUCCCAGUCAAGCACCCUCCUGUAGCCCCACAGGCUGCGGCUUCACUUCCUCAGAGUUCCCUCAAGGACUCUAGUUUUACCUCAGUCCCAUCAAAAAAUUCCCUUGCCAAUAAUACAUGACUGCCUCCCACACGUGCCCCUUCUACCACGAAUGCUUCAUCAGGUGGUUAAAUACACAACACCAAGCUGCAAUGUGUUCAUGUUGGGAUAAGGGGCUUAUUCAACAACCUUGGUUUAAAAAUUUAGCUUAGCGUCACAUGG